UAUGUCAGAGAGUUCAAAAUGGACGCAAUAUCUUUUGUGUUCCCAUUCUUGAUCGCGUGAGUAGCAGUGAUAAGUUUUUACAAUUUACUUUUUCCAAAUAAAAAAUAGAGAUUGUGAAAAGCUGAAAAAAUGCCAAUGAAACUGAUUUUGUGAUAUAUUGCAAGUAAAUGGGACGAAAGCGGACUGAGGUCCAAUGAUAUUCGUAAUAUUUCGUCCGCAUUUGGGAAGUGCAGUGAAUAGAAAAAUGAACUGAAAAUGUCUGAUGGAAUUUUGUAAUAUACCAAUUGUGAGUUUUCUUUGUGACCUCACUUUUUGCGUUUCGGCAUUCGUGUGCGUUAAGAACUAUGCAGUAUUGUGUAUCGUGUGUUGGCAUAAAUUGUCAAAGAGGCUGAAAUUCGUAAAAAGUUUGUCUACCGAAGUAACUUAAAAUUGCCAUAGCCAAAACUGAAACAAAAACCACGAACAGAAUUGCAUUAGAGGGAGCAGCAGCAAGAAUCUAGCAGUUGGGUGCGGGUGUUUGUAUGCAUGCCAGCUACAAACGAACGAACGCCUGGCUGGCUGGACACGAAAAGCGGAGAAACGCAGCGACAAAGAAGAAAACAAGACAAGAAGAGAAAGAAGAUAGUGCGAAAGAUCGGAAAUCGAGCUGGUGACAAUUUGGCAUUUUUUUUUAUUUUAUGUUAACUUUUACCUUCUUUUUUCAUUGCUGAAAAUUUUUGAUGGAUUAGUUAAAUAAUGCAACACAUAUAUGUAUAUAUAUAAACUUCCACGUAUUACAUGCUUGUGGACGCAGACAGAAAUAGUGAAGUAAUGUUCAAACGAAUGUGUAACGCGAAAAGUCAUAGAUGUUGCAAAAAUAGAGCGUAUAUUAAAAAGCUUAUACAAUAAAAAAUUGCUGUGGCAGCUUGCUAAAAUUAUACAAAAAUAAAAAAUAAACUCGAUACAAAUACAAAGCAACAAGUUUCGAAAGUGCCUAGAGACAAGGACAAAUUUUAAUUCCUUUGAAAAACAUCCAUCGUGAUAAAUGCGGAUUAUCGGUUAGCGUUUUGUCCGCUAAAAUUAUUUCAUUAUUAAACAAUUAAGCGCCUUUACUAUUUUAAAUUUUCUGCACGACUUAAAGGCGUUGGAUUAUAUGUACUAUCUUCAUUUGCCUGCUGUAAGAAGCAACUACUCGGUCAACCAACUGCUGAAAUUUAGUAACAUAUUAUGGAAAAAGGGAAAGUUCAUGUUAAAAGCGAACAACGUGGCGUGCCUACACAAUCUCAACAGCAAACAACACCAAAGUUAGCUGAAGGGCAUCCUGCAGCAUCACUAUCACCCGAUUCGAAAUUGUCUCCUUAUAUGGGAACGCAUCACAAUUUAGAUCAUUCGCUACAACAAACUUACUAUCACCCGCAACGUCCAUCAUCCAAAACGAAUCCAGCCAAUAUUUCGGAAUGUGAUACUGUCGGCAAUUCGGCUAAUGAUGGUGUAUUCCCUUUGUGCUAUGUGUGUGCCGGUUAUGGUGGUUGCGAAUCCCUCCGCAUACGUCCAAACCAAGAAUGUCCAACGGAACCGUAUUUUCCCUUCUUGGAACGCCAUGAGCCACCAGAUGGAGUUCCGAAGGUUACGCCUACACAAACGUAUGUAAUCGCUUGUAUGCUAUGCUAUCGAUCGCUGCGAGAGCAAUGGAAUUCAUACGAACGGAAAAAGAAACCUCACUUGCAGCGUCUGUAUCAUAUGAAACGGGUGGACGGCAAAAAUUAUAUAGGUGCCGACAUCCAAACACAGGGUGAAUAUGCUGCUCAGGUGCUCGGUUUGAGUGCCGAUCACUUACAGCAUGGCACAUUUCAUGAUGAUUUUGCUUACUUAAGCGGAGCACAAAGGACACCAAAUCGCGCCGAUUAUGAACGGCCAGCAAAUGUGGUAAAUCAAUAUUAUCCUGUACAACCCAACGAACCGUCGUCAUCAUUACAUUAUGCUCAAACGAAUAAUGCGCCGAGUAGUUCGUCGGCACAACAAUACUGUGAUUAUUACAAUCGAAAUGUUAACGCGACCUUAAAUGGCCAAUUGACGCCACAACCAAAAGAAAAACACAUUAGCUCCACGCAGUUACCUAAGACUGUGGCACAUUUGAAUGAGGAAUCUUCUCCCAAUGAAUUACGUAAACCAGUUGGUAGCGGUUCAGCAUUCGACUCAUUAUAUAUGAAAUCGUCGUCAUUUGCCCACCACAAAUUCAAGUUGAGUCAGAUUUCCUAUAUGAACCCAGCUGCAGCACGAAACGAAUUGAAUCCACCAAAUGAUGCUCAAAAACCUUCUAUUAGCACAACUCCUGAUAGUAAAUUACAGCAGCGUCAAGAUCGUAUCAGUCCUUAUGAUUAUGGUAUUGCAACCGGUGGCGGAAGUCAUUCUAAUGCUCCAUCUAUGGCCGAUGCUGAUGAUACUGGCGCAGCUUUGGAUUUGCGAAAUUCAUCUAACAACAUUUGUGAACCCUAUAUGUUAUCAUGUGGCACCUCGCGUCAGAUGUUUAGAAAUGCAUCGCCAAGCAAUGCAGCAAACCAAGUAGAUGUCGGCAUACUGGACCUAUCAAUGCCUGACAAGAAUUCAUUGACGGAGGUUUGUUAUGUUUGCGGUGACGAGCAGCGGCGUGGCAGUCUCAUCGAACUCAGUUCUGUACGUCCCAAAGACGUGAAAGGUCGGCAUCCAUACUUUCCCAUUUUUAAUGAACAACAUCCUCGUCCACCACGUUCACGACCCAAAGAUCCGCGUGGCAUGAUUCAAGCGUGUCAGUUGUGCUAUGAAUACCUUAUACAACAAUGGAAUAAAUAUCAGACUGCUCAAACACCUGAAAAUGAGCGCUCCUAUACGCUUCGUAAGAAACCCACACCCGUCUCGGAACGCACCACAUUUGUUUGCUAUACUUGUGGCGGUGACACGCCCUCCUCACGUCUGCGGCUUGUCUAUUGUUGUCCGAAUGCUGAACGCGAACCUUACUAUCCCUUCAUAAAAACAAUGAAAGCUUUCAAAAACGCUAGUCCAAUCAGUCCACAGGGCAUGGUGCAAAUAUGUUCCUCUUGUUACGAAAAGCAUUUAUACUUAGCUGAAGGUGGCAAUAAUGCUACAAUGGCAGCUGCUACCUCUACUGGGCGUGUAUCUGGCGGCGGUCCUGCCGACAGUCUUGCUGGCGUUGCUGGUUCCGGUGCAAUUUACAGCAUGGACAAUGACGCAAAUCUCACCAGCAGCAAUGUGAUCGCAACGAGCGCUGAGGGUGUAGGACGUUACACACCCUCUGAGAAGUCAUUGGCCAACUCGGAUUCUACAAGUAAUGUGAAAUUUAAGCCAUACGAACCGAUUUCAAAUACUUCUCCAUCCACACAACAGCGAGACUUUAAAUUCGCACGACAGAGUGAUUCGCGUCCAAAUUCGCCGACAUCAUCAUCUCAGGGGCCUGGCGAGAGUGAGCGCGGACAAUAUCCUUGUUCCAUUUGCAAAACUCUUUGCGCCGCCAACAAAAUGGAAUGGCUCUCCACUAGUGCGGAGCACAUGAACUCGCAUGCCAUGCACUUUCCCUGCUUGCGUGGGAGCAACAGUAAUGGUCGUGAUAAUGCCAGCUUAAGUGGCAACGGCGGUGGUAGUGGUGGUUCUGGCAACAACAACGAUAACAACAAUCGUGUACUCGCUUGUAAGGAUUGUGUGAACUAUUUGGCGCGUCAGUGGGAGACCAUGGAUGCUGAGCGUGUGCCGUUGGAGCAUAGAAGAUAUAAUAUUCCGUCGCCCAUGAUCACUUCAAGCUCACCCAAUGGCUCACGUCAUGGUGGCCUAACUAUAACUACACCCCCGUCCACGCCAUCUGUGUCUUCAACACCUGCCAGCACAUCGAUUUAUUGUUUCCUAUGUGGUUUGCAUUCGGAUUUGACAUUGGCGAGGGUGUUGUAUGCGAGCAAAGAGGGCUCUCGACCAUAUUUUCCACAUCUACUCAAACACAAUUCGCUGCCAAACGCGGAGCAACUGCGCAAGGAUUACUCGGCUCUCGUUUGUACAUUCUGCUAUCACUCCAUGUUGAAUCAGUGGCGCAAGUAUGAAGCUCAAACGCCCGCCAUAGCGCCAACCGAACGCAAAUACAAUUGGCACGAUUAUAUCUGCCACUUAUGCGGCAUUACGACAUACCGAAAACGUGUACGUGCGCUGCCCGUUAAUGAGUUCCCAUUUGUUAAAAAUCGUAAAAAUGGCGAUGGGCUGUUGUUGGAAAAUGGUGAAUACGCCGUUGUUUGCUUGGACUGCUAUGAAAGCCUUAGGCGUGGAUAUAACUGGGUGCCACAACCACCACCACCCGAGGACAGCCCGGAUGUUGCAGUUGCACGUUUGCCGUGUGGAGAGCGUUCCGAUCGAUUUCCCAUCAAUACCACCCUCAGAUCCAUAUCCACUAAGAAGAUUGCAUCGCCAAAGCAGUGCGAAAAAUCGAAAGAUGUUCCCCCAAAGAGUGGCCAAAAACGCCCAGCAACAAGUCCGGCUCCACCCAUCCCUUCGCCCCAUCACAUACAAUCGCCCUCCACCACACCCGGCGCUGGCAAUAGUAGCGGCACCACUUCAGCUGCCCAAAUGACGUCCAAUCCAGCACUGAUGAAUCACGUUAUGCCCCCCAAUCAGUUAAGUGGCUUGCAAGCCGCAUCAUUGCAACAACAACAGCAGCAACAUCAAGCGCAUCAACAAGCUGUUGCAGCUGCAGCAGCAGCCGCACAAGCCCAACAACAAAUGGUAGGCGUGCCGAAUGCACUGAACGCAGCACAAUCAAGUGGACGCGGACCCUUCGCCUCGGCAUUACGCAACUUGGCUAAGCAAGCAGAUAUUAAGGAAGAAGAUGAAAUUAAUGUGCGCGUGGAACGCACGGAACGGGCGGUACCGCUAAGUAGUGGAGGAGGCGGCGGUGGAGGCGGCGUACCAACUGCUGUAAGUGUCGCUAACACCAACGUUAAUGUUUCCAACUCAGCGCGUUCUUCUAUGGCGAACGAUCGUUUACCACCAAAUGGCGGCGGUGGACCCGUUGGCAGUGUAGAUGAACGUUUAUUAGCCAAAAAGCGUCCGACAUCGUCGCCACAACCUAAUGAGAAGAUUGCGCGCAUGAGUUCGCAACAAUCGGUGCAGAUGCAGCCUGAGUUGCUGGCGCGCAGUGGUUUCCAGCCAUACCGGUCAGACGAGCGCCUCAUACAUCCGGCGGGCGCUUUUCCCUUGGAUGCCUAUGCUACCUUUGCAGCUUUGCCAACAAUGCCGCCAGGACCGUUUUUAAGCCCAGCUGGACUGCCUUAUUCUGAUCAACUGUACUUAGACCAACGCUUUCAAAUGUUGCGCGCCGCCGGCUCCCAUCAUACACAUCCACAUGCUCUAUAUCCGCCAAUGGCUUCGCCUUAUGCCUCCCAUCUAUAUUCGAUGAUUCCGAGCGCCGCGCUUGGUUUGGGCUCUGCGUUGCAUGAACGCAUGAAAUUGGAGGAGGAGCAUCGUGCGCGUAUCGCUAGAGAAGAGGAGCGCGAAAGGGAGUUGCAGCGGGAAAAGGAGCAGAGAGAACGCGAGCGUGAGCAAAGAGAACGCGAGCAGCGAGAGAAGGAGCAACGCGAACGUGAACAGCGCGAAAAGGAGCAACGUGAAAAAGAACAAAAGGAAAAGGAAGCGCGUGAGCGGGAGCUACGUGAAAAGGAGCGGGAAGCUAGAGAACGAGAACGCCAGAUACUUUCCGCUUCGCAUCACUAUACGAGCCAGUUAUAUUCGCCAUUGGGUCGAAAUUUGCUCGGGCCGAUGAUGCCACAUUUGGGUUUAGGUCUACGUGCGCCGCCAGGUGCAUUACAUAGCCUGCCGCCGAUUUCCGCCUAUCACGCUGCGAGUCAACGUCAGAGUCCAAAUGCGGCAAUGGGUCUAAAUUUUGGAUUGCCCGGUCUGGGCGGCGUAUCAUCGCUUUCGCAUGGUCCCGGCAGCUUGCCGCAUCAUCUGCAAUCAUCUGCGUUAGGUUUGCCGCAUCCAGGUGCCGCUGGUUUGACACAUCCAGGCUUUCCCAGCGCUGCUUUAGGACUCUCUCAUCACGGUCUAAACCUAACACAUCCACAUAUCUCACCACACCAUCCAGGAAUGGUGCCCAGUCAUCAAAUUUCACCACACUCGUCGUCUAUACCGUCAACCUCUACCACUACCACGUCGCCGCAUAAUUUGAAUUUGAGUUUGCAAAGUAAUGCGGGUGCCAACAUGAAAGUAUCGAUGUCCAGUAAUGUUUCACAAUCGCCAGCGUCGGGCUUGCAAUCCUCGAGCAGCAUGACUCAACCUACUUCAACGCUGUCGUCACACAUUCCGCAAAUGAAUAACUCUCUCUAUCACUCACAUCACCCUGGCCAGCACAUAACAAGCGCUGGACUCGCGCCCACUUCUGCUCACCAGCAGCCACCAACCUCCAUACCACUUUCGCUAACUAGCAAUUCAGGACGCAGCCACUCGGCAUCGCCGAUCACAAUGAAAUCAUCGCAACAACCCCCCAACGCCAACCCGGGUAUGCACAAUCAAAACGGCGGACGAUGUGCCAGCAGCCCACAUCCAUCGCGUCAGCUUGGUAUCGGCCCGCCACAACACCAACAAACCGCUGCGGUACAUGAGAAGCCAAAUGCACUAACGCCCAAUACUCUGGAGCCCGCCACAUUGGAUCUAACUGGGUCGAACUCGAAUUCCAGCGUGCAGGUGUCAUCUGUGGCCAGUAGCGGCGGUCACAACACACAUACCAAUGAAGUGAAUGGCGGUAGCACAGAGGCGGUCGCCGAUAGAGAUCGGAAAGAUGCUGCCGCGAUUGCGGCGGCGAAAAACCUUUCACACAACAUAAGCACCACCGAUAAGAGAAGUCCAUCGAUAUCGCCACCAGUUGCCGCCAAAGAUAAUGCCGUUUACAAUGUGGGUAUGUCGCCGCAUGCCGAAGAGGCAACGCGUCAGUGCAGUCCCAAUAGCGCCAUGCCAAUAUCCGCAGAACCACAUACAUCCGUAUCACCGCCAGCGAAGCCACCCAUCGGCAGUGAAACAAUUGUUGGAGCAGGAUCAGGUAAUUACAGCAACGAUCCCAAAGGCAUGACCGCCAUACCUCCAGACAACAGUAUCAAGCCUACAAGUGAUCCCAACUCCCAAAAUGUGACCAGCGAUUCAGCGCUGCCGGUGGUAAGUGCGACAGAAGCAGUGCAACCAACAGCAACGCCGACCACCACCAACACCGCGCCCACAACAACAACGCCCGAUGCGGGUUCCUCUGUAGGUGGGGUGACUUCCACCACCGGUGGCAGCAUCUCACCACCAGUUGUGAGCAGCAGUACGAACAUUGUGAACAAUAAGAAACAAAAAACCAACUGCGAUGAAACGGUAACCAGUGCGACGCCGACCACAACCACUUCCGCAGUCGAAGUGAAUGGCGGUGGUAGUCGGUGAUGCUGUGUUGCUGCGUGCCUGUCUUUGCCGAACCGCGGCGGCACUACUAUCAAACUAGCAAAAGCAACAGCUCCAUGGGAGUGCAUCCCCCACUAUACUUAUUCGCUCUUAUAAAUAUUUAGUAACUGUAACAUAAUUACUGUGUAACUAGUAAGAAUAAGCCAAGCUUCAUGCCAUGUACUCACUGAUGCAGUUCACCGACCAAUUUUUCUUUUCGCUAAUCUCUUCGUGCUUUUACUCUAACAAAUUCCCUUCUCUACAUCUAUAGAACUAUCUAUCGGUUUAUACGUUAAUAUUUAAUUUAAGCAGCAACUUACUAUCGGGACUAUGCGUAUGUGUUUGUUUGAAUUUAUUUAUAGAGCAGUUUUCAGUUCAUUUUUAUUAUAAUUAAUUAUUCAUUUCAUAUUAAUAUUUUCCGUUCUAGUUUAGUUUCUUAAGAAAUUGAGUUCUAAUAAGAAUUAUACAUAUAGAUGGUAGAAAAACAAUAACAAUAAUAAUAACAUGUGCAAAUUCUGCAAUUUCAAAAUUACAAUUUUUUUUUUGUCUGAAUUUAUGAAAUAAACUAUUGCAACCUAAAUUUGAA